AUGCGCUCGCGCACGCGCCCGCUGCGGCUGCUCCUGGCGGCGCUCGCGCUCGCAUCCUGCGCCGCGGCCCCCGCGCCCGAGCCGCGCGCGCAGCGCUCCGCCAACCUGAGCCACAUAACUGGCACCUCCCGCACCAUACAGAUGUUCCUCAAGAAUCGUUAUCUGCAGCUGCUGCCGGAUGGCACAGUCAACGGCACCACAGAUUACAACAGCGUUUACAAGUUUUAUGUCUAUUUGCUGUUUGAGUUUGCACGUGCCUACAACAUUAGUAUGACGGAAUAUCGCAAAAAAGUUAUUGUAUUAUGA